AUGGCCACCAAACCACUCGCAGUCAUCGCCGGUGUCGGUCCCGGCACCGGUGCCAGCAUUGCGCGCAAGUUCGCCCAGGCAUACUCCGUCGUAGUCCUCGCGCGCAAUCCCACCAACUACAACAGUAUUGUCAGCGAGAUCAACUCCGCUGGCGGCCAGGCUCUAGGAAUCAGCGUGGAUGUGUCCGACUCUAGUAGUCUAAAGUCAGCCUUUGAGAAGAUCUCGGAGCAGUACAAGGACAGCCCGCUCGCAGCCGCGGUCUUUAACUCUGGCGGCGGCUUUGUCCGGAAGCCAUUCCUGGAACUUACUGAGGAUGAGUUCGCGGCUGGAUAUAAGAGCCAGGGAAUCGGCGCGUUCAACUUCGCCCAAAGCACGCUCCCACUCCUCCAAAAGUCCACCGGACUCCAACACCCACCAACCCUAAUCUUCACCGGCGCAACAGCAAGCGUGAAAGGCUCAGCGAACUUCGCGGCCUUUGCAACCGGCAAGUUCGCCCUGCGCGCGCUGGCCCAGUCAUUGGCCCGCGAAUUCGGGCCGAAGGGCGUCCAUGUUUCUCAUGUUAUUAUUGACGGGGUGAUUGAUAUUCCUCGGACCAAGGAAUGGGCGAAUGAGCAUGAGGAUGGGAAGUUGGAUCCUGGUGCUAUUGCCGACGCGUACUGGCACUUGCACACGCAGCCGCGAACGACGUUUGGAUUUGAGCUGGACCUUCGUCCAUAUGUUGAGAAGUGGUAG